CCGGCCGGAUGUAGGGAGCAUGGAGCUCAGCCAGAAGCAGGCCAGGCCGGCGUCCGGGUCCCCACUUCCCGCUCCCUCUAGGACCCCGACGCCGGCCUGGGCUGCGGCGGACGAUAGCGCAUCUACUGGUGGUCUCCAGGAAUAUUAUUAUGAUCUAUGUAUGGAAAAGUCCCAGGAAAUUAAACCUUUUAUAUUGCAAAUACUCCAAGAAGUGGAUGAAGAAAUUGAAAAAGGAUCAGUAGGAAUCACAUUAAAUAUUGCUGGUAACAGUCGCUCACUAUCAGGAGAAAGAGUAACUGGUGAAGAUUUCUGGAUUCUUUGCAGAGUUUUAAAGAAUAAUUCAUAUAUUAAUGGUUUGGAUGUUAGAUACAACCUCCUAAGUGAUGUUGGUGCGUACUAUGCUGCAAAACUGCUCCAGAAACAACGUAAUCUCAUUUACUUAAAUCUUAUGUUUAAUGACAUUGGGCCUGAAGGUGGAGAACUGAUUGCUAAAGCCCUGCAUAAGAAUAGAACUCUGAAACACCUAAGAAUGACUGGAAACAAGAUUGAAAAUAAGGGUGGAAUGUUUUUUGCUGCAAUGCUACAAAUUAAUUCAUCCUUAGAGAAAUUAGAUCUGGGUGACUGUGACCUGGGAAUGCAAAGUGUGAUAGCAUUUGCUACAGUCCUAACUCAAAACCAAACAAUUAAGGGAUUAAACCUAAACCGACCCAUACUGUAUGGUGAACAGGAAGAGUCUACAGUUCACCUAAGCCACAUGUUGAAAGAAAAUCAGUGCCUUAUUGAAUUACACAUGUGUAAACAUGAUAUAAAAAACUGUGGUAUGAAACAGUUAUGUGAUGCACUCUAUCUGAAUAGGAGCCUACAAUACCUUGAUGUAAGCUGCAAUAAAAUAACUCAGGAUGGAAUGAAGUGUUUGGCCGAUGUUCUGAAAAGCAAUACUACCCUGGAAGUAAUAGAUCUUUCUUUUAACAGAAUGGAAAAUGCAGGAGCAAACUAUCUCAGUGACGCUCUUGCUUCACACAACAGGACUCUUAAAGCGUUGUCAGUGGUGAGCAACAACAUAGAGGGAAAAGGACUUGUUGCACUUUCACAAUCAAUGAAAACAAAUCCUACACUCUCUCAUAUCUACAUCUGGGGAAACAAAUUUGAUGAAGCUACAUGUGUGGCAUAUUCAGAUUUAAUUCACACAGGCCGUCUAAAAUCAGACAAUACAGAUGUGGAGCCGUUUGUGGUGGAUGGACACGUGUACCUUGCAGAAGUCUCCAAUGGCCUUAAAAGGCAUUAUUACUGGACACCAGGUUAUGGAGAAGCUUGCAGCCCAUCAUCUAAUGCAGGUUUUUCUCUUGCACCAGUAGGUCAACAUUUAUGAAAAACAAACUUUAAAGUAAUUUUCAUCUAUGUGUCUGAUUACUUUUCAGAUACUAAUAUUUUAUUGUCUAUUAAAUUUUUCCAUACAUUAUAAGAAGUUACUUUUGUUAGACAGGUAAAAGAUACUAAAUUCCAAACUGUCCACUGUGAAAAACUGAGUAGUGUGGUUUUUUCAAAAAAAUUUGACAAAAUAGGGACCAAAAUUUGAACAGUUGGAGAAGGAAAUCAAGUAACUAAUUUCUUUUUAUAAAGAAAAUACACCCAAAGAGUAAAGCAGUAUAGAAGGAAAGGUCAUUCUAGGUACCCUAACUGAAAGUUGUCAUGAAGUAAAACAGUUUCAGGGGGCAGAUUCCAGGGACCAUCAAGGGGUUUAGAGGUUGAAAAAGUAUUUAAGGUAUUUUACAGAUGGGUUUUGGUACAAUUUCACAAAUACAGGCAAAUAUACAUAAACAGACACACAUAUAAAUACAUAUAAACAGACACACAUAUAAAUACAUAUAAGUGUAUACUUUACAAACAUGUCAGUGCUGCCAGUGAACUUUUAGAAGAGAAUUCUCUUUUGGAGGAUGCCACUAACAUUUUAAUGAUUUGAUGGCAAAUAAUUACCCUUGUUUGUGGCCAACUGUUUUCAAAUUAAGAUUUCUACAAAGAGGCAAUAGACACUAUGAUCCUUUGAUUACAGACUCAUGUUCACAAAUUUAUUCAUAUAUACCACUUAACUGUUUAACCUGAAUGAUUACUGCUAAAGCCAGGCAAAGUGUGAGGAAAAAAAACAACAACUGUGGACAACUUAAAGAGGUUACUCUAAGUUUUGCGCCUAAAAGGAAAAACCAUCUGUCUCUAAAUGUUCUGAGUGAAGAGGUGAAAUAAAGGUGGUGGUCAGUUUUACAGUUGUCCAAGUAUUGCCUUCACUUAAGUAUUGUGAAUUCCUCAUAUCAUAACUGUAUUUAUUCCAAAAAUUUAAAUUAUAAAAAACCCCAAAUCUCUUAUUCUCCAUUCCUUUAAUAAAGAAUUAAGAUAAAAAUUUCCUAUGAUUUAAUGAUUUUUAAAAUUUAUCAGGCUUUUCCUUAUAUUCAUCACCUAAUACCACAUUUCCAUACUCCCUAGGGAAAUGUGUGUUUGUGCGCGCAGGGGUGUUGAGGGGUAGGCACAGAUGGUGGUAAUGGUUAUGAAAUGGGAAGAACAUCUGAGUAAAUUAUAUGAGCCAUUAUUUUUCACUUAAUGUUCUAGAGUUACUGAGCUACUGAGCCAGAAAAGACCUAAAUGCCUUACCAAAUCCAUUCUCACGCUUUCAGAGAGAUGAACUUGAAUCAUCCAGGACAGAUGGUUGCUAUCAGGUUGAGUCUGUGCUGAAAAACAAAACCUUAAAAACAUCUGCAGUUGUUUGAGAAAUACACUCAUUAGUUGAUGUUAAUAAUAACAAAAUGUGUGAAAUGGAUUUCAGGGCUUUUUUUGGAAUAAGUAUCGUUCAUAUAUUAAAAGAAAACUACUACAAUCUGAUAAUGGAAUUUUAGAAAGAACAUGACUUUCCACUGUUUGCAAAAAAUACUUAUUGAAGAUCUUCUGUCACCAAAUGUUUACAAUGGAACCAAAAAAAUUGUACAGACUACAAAAUUCUAAGUGUGACUUUAUGUAUCCUGACACUUAUAAUGAUUGAUUUGACUUACUGAUUUUACUCUUAGUUUAGUUCUUAAUCAAACUAGUUUCCAAUUCGUUGCAUGUUUCAGAUUUUAUUUUCUUUUAAGGCUUCUUCUUUGAAGAUAUAAAAGACUUUGUUUUUGACAAUGUUCUUUUACAUUCAGUUCAGUUGAGUUGCUCAGUCGUGUCCGACUCUGCGACCCCAUGGACUGCAGCACGCCAGGCCUCCCUGUCCAUCACCAGCUUCCAGAGUUUACUCAAACUCAUGUCCAUUGAGCCGGUGAUGCCAUCCAACCAUCUCAUCCUCUGUCGUCCCCUUCUCCUCCCACCUUCAAUCUUUCCCAGCAUCAGGGUCUUUUCAAAUCAGUCAGUUCUUCGAAUCAGGUGGCCAAAGUAUUGGAGUUUCAGCUUCAGCAUCAGUCCUUCCAGUGAAUAUUCAGGACUGAUUUCCCUUGGGAUGGACUGGUUGGAUCUCCUUGCAAUCCAAGGACACUUGAGAGUCUUCUCCAAUACCACAGUUCAAACGCAUCUGUUCUUUGGCACUUUUAUAUUACAUGCUGAAUAUAGCUACAACUAAAUAACUGUUAUCUAAAAAAAAGUUGCAUGUCAGAGGAAAGUCAGGUUUCUAUAUUGUUAAAAAUGCAAUAGGAAAUAAAAUUUUUUGAUCAAAUCUGAAAAGCCACGGAAUUCAAUGUCUAAGAAAACCAUGCUAUUAGAAAAAAUAAAAACAUUUUAAACAAUUGUCAUGGAAAACAUUAAGCUGAUGAGGAAAUGCUACUCUUAGCAAUUAAGAGAGUCAAUAAACUCAGACUUGUGUAACAGUAUAACAAACUUCUUAUGCUCGAACAUCUGUCCAGAGUAUAGUUUAAAAUGAAGAUACUAAAUCAUCAUUUUUUUUAAAGUAUGGAGAAUGAGGAUCAAAUGGGGGAACUGUUAAAAAUAGAUUCUUUUUUUCUUUUAAAUAGAUUCUUAAGAGUUGGAUCUACUGAAUCAGAAUUUCCAAACAGUCUGGGGAACCUGCAUUUUUACAAUCCAGGUCAUCUUUAAUCUCACUGAAGUUUAAAAACCAAUGCUCUGGUUUUCUCAUUCUUGAAAUUAUUAUUAUUUUUUAAUAUAUACUUCUUUUAAAUGGAAGUAUCUAAGUCAAUAGCUAAAUGAAUUAUCACAAAGCUAACCCAUCUGUGUUAACCAUGAUACAGAUAGAGUAAAUGUCAGAACUGCUUCCAGCCAUCUUCCCCAAUAGACAAUCACCAUCAUGAUGUCUAACACCAUACUUUUGCAUGUUUUAGAAUUUUAUAUAAAUGGAAUCAUAUAUAUGCUUUUUGUAUCAGACUGCUUUUGUACAACGUUCAGUUCAGUCGCUCAGUCGUGUCUGACUCUUUGUGACCCCAUGAACUGUAGCACGCCAGGCCUCCCUGUCCAUCACCAACUCCUGGAGUCCACCUAAACCCAUAUCCAUUGUGUCGGUGAUGCCAUCUAACCAUCUCAUCCUGUGUCGUCCCCUUCUCCUCCUGCCCUCAAUCUUUCCCAGCAUUACGGGCUUUUCAAAUAAGUCAGCUCUCCGCAUGAGGUGGCCAAAGUACUGGAGUUUCAGCUUCAACAUCAGUCCCUCCAAUGAACACCCAGGACUGAUCUCCCUUAGGAUGGACUGGUUGGAUCUCCUUGCAGUCCAAGGGACUCUCAAGAGUUUUCUCCAACACCACAGUUCAAAAGCAUCAAUUCUUCUGCACUCAGCUUUCUUUAUAUUCCAACUCUCACAUCCAUACAUGACUACUGGAAAAACCAUAGCCUUGACUAGACAGACCUUUGUUGGCAAAGUAAUGUCUCUGCUUUUUAAUAUGCUAUCUAGGUUGGUCAUAACUUUCCUUCCAAGGAGUAAGCAUCUUUUAAUUCCAUGGCUGCAAUCACCAUCUGCAGUGAUUUUGGAGCCCCUCAAAAUAAAGUCAGCCACUGUUUCCCCAUCUAUUUGCCAUGAAGUGAUGGGACUGGAUGCCAUGAUCUUAGUUUUCUGAAUGUUGAGCUUUAAGCCAAUUUUUUCACUCUCCUCUUUCACUUCCAUCAAGAGGCUCUUUAGUUCUUUUUCACUUUCUGCCAUAGGGUGGUGUCAUCUGCAUAUCUGAGGUUAUUGAUAUUUCUCCCGGCAAUCUUGAUUCCAGCUUGUGCUUCCUCCAGCCCAGUGUUUCUCGUGAGGCACUCUGCAUAUAAGUUAAAUAAGCAGGGUGACAAUAUACAGCCUUGAUGUACUCCUUUUCCUAUUUGGAACUAGUCUGUUGUUCCAUGUCCAGUUCUAACUAUUGCUUCCUGACCUGUAUACAGGUGGAGUGCAAUUCAUUCAUGUUGUUUAAUGUAGCAGUAAUCCAUUCAGCUUUUGUUUUGAAAUAUUCCAUAAUAUGCUGGGUAGUAGGGGUGUCAAUAGGAUUCUGAAAGAGAUUCUCCCAGGCUAGGACACAGUCACAUCAAAGUAAACCUUUGUGAUGCAGUUUCCUUUCCCAGACUACUCUGUUCCUCUGUGCUAUGAAGGGGACCCACAAGUUCCAAUGUUCUCCCAAGGGGAGACUCACAAGGUAGCUGAGUGGGAAGCAAAUAGGUGAAUGUGAAGAAAGUAGGCUUAUCGGGAGCCUGCAGUGGGGUGUCAUGUACUAAACCUGCAACCAAACAGGACUGUUUGAGGCAUUUAUGCAGAAGUCUCAGGGCUCUCUUUUUUAAAAUCCAAGAGAACUAAAGUGAAGCCAGGUCUGCCAAGAAGUACUGGGCUCUGACCAGGCUAGGAAAAAACCUGAUCAUAUAUUUUAUGAGCUGCUACCUACUGCAUCAGAGGCCAGCAGGAUGUCCAGAAAAUGGAAAAGUAAGAACAGUGUCUUCCCUCAUGCCCCUUGGUCAUAUAAGCCUCCUCUCCUCCACAUAGGUGGACACCAUUUUAGAGAGACGACAAAGGGUAGAGAUAAGACAAGUUUUAAAAUGUUUAAGCACUCCCUUAAGAUAUAAGCUGUCUUCUUUAUAUCAGACUAGGUUUUUAAUUUUUUUCCAGACUUCCCACUGGGUGGGAGCUUAAGGGGACGAACAUGUUAAGUUCUGCAGGAAAACUCUUACUUCUUCUGCACAUCUGAAUUGUAAUGAGUAAAUUUGCAACCAUAUGCAUGUCAAACAUUUUCUUCCAUUUCCUUCUUAGCAGUCAUCCUUUAAGACUAUGUGUAAUAUAAGUCUAUUAUGUUACUAUUACAGUGCUGCAGACUAUUAUGCUCAUCACUUAUCAGUGUUUCAAGUUUGAAAGCAAUAAAGUGGUUUAUACUUUUCAGAUAUUUGAUAAAAUGAUUGUUUGCUGUACUCACUCUGCUUUUCAAACUAAGUAGUUUGAAAAGUCCUUACAUCUACUCAAAAUGUAUCCACCUGGCUUCUACCCACUGAUAUUACUGCAGCUGCCUUUCUCAAAGGAUCAUCAUGCUCCAGUUACCCAACCCACUGUUGUCUUUGACUGGAAUCCUUUCUCUGUACUCUGUGAUCAGUACAGAGCCACUUUCGUCUUCGUGAAAUCUGUACCACCCUAGUUUUCUUCCUGUAAUCAAUUUCCAUCUCCUGUCCUGUCUUUUGCUCAUUCUUAAGAAUGUAUAUUCCCCCAUGAUUCUGUCCUCAUCUUUUGUUCUUCUAUACCAUCUCCCAGGGUUGCCUAAAUCAUUUGUCACAAUAAUUAUUAGCCUUAUGCUGUAUCUGUAUCUCUAGCUUUACCCUCAACUGGGUUUCAGUCCCCAUUUCCAACCACCGCUAGACAUUUUCACAUAGGUGUCUCACCGCCAAUGAAAUCCAGCAGAUAAAAAGUCUUUUCUUCCAUAAACCUCCAUCUUAUCUCCCUAUCAUAAUUAAUAGCAUUACCAUCUACUCAAUCACUAAGGAUCAAAACUUAGGUUACUAAAUUGGGGAUGCAGGAAGAGAAACUGGCUCAAGCCUACUUAAGAAAACGGGGAUUUAUGGAAUUUGCAAGUUCAAUCCAUGGCUGGGGAACUAAGAUCCCACAAGCUGCGCAGCAUAGCCAAAAAAAGAAAAGGGGGAUUUACUGUAAGGAUUUAAUAGGCAAAAAUCAUGGGCACUCAUGCACAAGGAAACGAAACAUAGCUAUGCCACCUCGAGUGUGACUGCAAAGUCCCAGGCAACUUUGGUUUCUCACAGGGUCAUGGUCAUUUGGUUCUGCAAACCUACUUCAUCCCCUUGCUUUAUUCUAUAGAUCAGCUUUCUCUGCUUCUUCACCAUUUCCUUUAGAUUUUUGGCUUGCUUCACUGACUAUGCACCAGAUCUAAAUGGUCUUUUUUAUGUACAUGUAAACCAAGUGUCUGAAGUAGUUCGUUUGGGCUAAGAACUUCUUAGCCCAACUUCUUCCUGGUAAGGUGUUCUAUCAGAUGUGAUCACAAGCAUGGGAUCACAAGCAUGGAAUCCCAAGCAUGUUACAAACGUGGCCAUCUACUCCCUGCCCUUUAGCAUUCAACUAUAGUUGAGGGUGUGAGAUCCUGAAGUAUAAACCCGGCUAUCUAAUCCCAUUCUCCCAGCACAAGUGAAAGGCAGAGAAGGUGGUAGAGGUAUAGUGCUAGAUGUGUUUAAUGAUUCCUAUCUCUGCCAACACUUUCCAGAUUUUCUCUCCAUUCCCCUACCUCAGUCAGCUGUGAACAAAUCCCUCCCAAUAGCCACCUCCUCCUGCCUACCUAUCCAGGAAAGCAACAGCUCUUUCUCUGUCCAUUCAACUUCCACUGACUGCUUGACAUUUCCUUUCGUGCCUUCCUCUGUUGUAACACUUGGCAUUCAGGCCUGUCUUUCCCAUUUGACUGUAAACUUAAAAGAGGAAACCAUUUUGUUCAUCUUUAUGGCUUUAUGUAAUUCUGAUUUCAAUAAUUUUCUAGCAUUUCAAGUAAUAGCCAGAUAUUUUCAUUCAAAUACCUGAUUCAUAUGCAUGGUGUUUAUUUCAGUAUAUACUUCUUGAAAAUAAAUACCCUAUUUCUGAAUGACUACUAUGUUUACAUGAUAAUUAUCCAACUCCAUUAAGCAAAUACAUCACACCUCUGCUGAAUGAAGUGGGG